AUGGCCAAACCCACAAAAUUCAAGGAGGAUUUUAUAGACAUUGACGACGAAGCACAGAAUGCUAAUCAACAAACAGGUUAUGCCUGGGAGGAAGAAUAUAAGCGUAGUUGGGAUGUGUUACAAGAGGACGAAGAUGGUAGUUUAAAGCGCACUAUCGACCAACUUCAAAUUCGAAAGAGGAAAAGAUUACUUCGAGACACAUCGACUAUUAGACGCGGGAUCAUAAGGCACAUGUUUUUAAUAAUAGAUCUGUCUGAGGCCAUGAUGGAGAAAGACCUUCGACCAUCUCGACUUGAUUUAACAUUAUCUUAUGCCGAACAAUUUGUCCUUGAGUUCUUUGAUCAGAAUCCAAUCAGCCAACUUGGUAUCAUAGUGACAAAAGGGGGCGUUGCAGAAAAACUUACGGGGUUAUCUGGUAAUCUUGUGGAAAACAUAAUUGCCUUGAAAAACAAAAAAAAUGCUGAUGCAGAUGGGGAACCAUCACUGCAAAAUUCAUUGGAAUUGGCGCGUUCAUCAUUGAUUCAUGCCCCGGCUCAUGGUACACGGGAAGUUCUGAUAAUUAUGGGCUCACUGACGUCAUGCGACCCCGGAGACAUAUAUGAUACAAUUGAGAACUUGGUGAUGGAUAAGAUUCGCGUCUCCGUCGUUGGAUUGGCAGCUGAGGAUACUCUAAUUUCAGGAACAUAUGGAGUCGUCCUUAAUGAGGCGCAUUUCAAAGACCUACUUUUUGAAAUCAUUCCUCCACCACCAGUUCCCGUUGCCCAAAACAACACAGAACUUGUGAUGAUGGGAUUUCCAAGCAGUGUCAAUGAAACUUCGCCAUCCCUUUGUGCAUGCCAUUCUAAACCUACAUCUAGUGGUUAUUCAUGCGCUCGGUGCAAUUCAAAAAUAUGUGAUUUACCGACAGAGUGCCCUGUAUGCGAACUUACGUUGGUGUCAAGUCCGCACUUGGCACGUUCAUACCAUCACUUGUUCCCUGCGGAGAAUUAUAACGAGGUGCCGUGGAAUAGUACCACGGAGACACAUUGCUUCGCCUGUCAGAUGCCUUUCCCAACAUUUUCAGAUAACAAACAAACAAAUGUAGACAUACCUAGUGGCAUAUACACAUGUCCAAAAUGUAAACAAUACUUUUGUUUAGAUUGCGAUGUGUUUGUGCAUGAAGUAAUCCAUAAUUGUCCUGGAUGUCUAUCUACAUCGCAAAAUAAUAAUCUUAUAAUGGAUAUGAUGG